AAUCCUCACAAGUUGCACCUUUUAUCCCCAUACACUGCUCCAAUCUCUCCAUGCCCGGGAUCCGACAAAUAACACAAGACCCCAGGUAUGAUGUCUCAGAGUCAGUUCUGAUGCAGGGAUAGGUUACUUGAACACUGCUGAUGUCUGGCUCGGCUUGGGGACGACGGGUGAUGUUCGCGGGAGUAGAGCAGCGAUGGGAAGGGCAAUGGAACUACCUAGACGGUGAAGGAAAUCAACCACAGGGAUCAAGUUGUGAUCACAAAUUUCCCCGUGAUUUCUGAUCGCCUGACAAUGGUGAGCUUGGGCGAACACAACUGGUGAUGAGGGUUUUUGAUUGUUGGAUCAUAAGACGGUGUCGGGUAUCAUAGCCGUGCACCGGAGUGUUUUCGUAGAUGCAAUUCCCCACACUUUUUAACUCCUCGACACAGCCAGCCUCGUAGAUCAGGUUACUCUUCAACCAGUCGGCAACAUUCCCCUGAUGUGGUGUGACGGGGGGUUAAUAAAGCCUGAAUACUUUUUCGACACCGACAAAUGUUCCGGGAACAGAAACCUUCAUACGCUUUUGGACUUCCACCUGACCUUGGAUGAGCAAGCCGAAGUCGGGUUUUGCACGUAACUCCUUUCGUAAGUUUGUGGAAUGUUCGUAUGUUGAGCAAGUCACUUUACACAACGGUACAUAUCCGGGUCUGACAACCCGUGACCAUUGAAUCUAUAUCGACAUAAGUGGUGGUCGUCGUUCGUCUUAUCGUGCACCAACACCCCGUUCAAACGUACACUAUCCAUCGAUACAAAAGCUUCUGCAAAUUGAACCAUGGCAGAAACCAAUGAUCAAUACGACCUUUACAAUCGACCUCCGACUCCUCCAGACUCCCCUCUGAGAUGGAAGUUCACUCCCAAAGAGCUAGCCAGUCUCCGACACGUACCAACUCCCCCUGGUGUCGAACAGGUCGAAGCCGAGCCAGAACAAAUGGGUGCCGGUGACACAAAAACCAACAAACCACCCAAAGUCCCUUUCAAACCUCCAAACCUAGAGACGACGACCUUUCCUCCCGCGGCGGGAGGAGCAGAAAAGGUUGCGAGCAAUCCGACAUUUGUACCCGAAGCACAGAGGAAGAGUAACAGAUCAGACAUGGCCGGUGCAUUUGCGUCUCAGCCACAAUGUUUGAACUCCUUGCCUGAGAACGCCGAAAGGGCCAUUUCGGCCACGGAACCCUACUUCCACAGACACGAAACCAUCUACAAACGGGUAUUCACAAACGGUGAACCGGUCGAGACCAUUACUCAGACGUGCGAGAUUUCUGGCCUCGACCCGUCGGAGAGAGUGGUGGAGAAUGCAGAAGAGGAAGAGGAGGAGAGCAUGGAACAGCCGACGACGGACGAGAUGGAAGAAGAAUCUCUGUGCAGGGCGAAGAAGAAUGCAAGGUUGAACAGCAAAUGUUGCACCUGCGAGGACGAGGAGGAGGAUCUCGGCGGAAUAUUCGUCUAACACAAAGCGCAAGGACCAAAUGUUUCGGGCCCAGCGUUGUUGUGUUUUUGCUGCCUUUUGCCUCUUGCAUGGAUGUAUUAUCUGGUAUCAGGAAUCUUUCUUUUAGGAGCACGCACGAACUGCACCUACCAGGGGGGAAGCGGGGGGGGAGGGGGGUUGGCAUAAAAAUGUAGUUAAGAAAUCCUCCUCGGUGUGAAUACCUUUGACAUAAUAAGACAAUACCUCGCUGUGGGGGUAUUCAGCGAUGCCAGAACUGGCCGUGUUACUGUAUUGAAUAUGCAAGAAAUACCAAAGAUCAAAGAUGAAAACGCACGUGCGAGAAAAUGGUAUGAGUGUGAAUGUUAUCAAUAUUUUCAUUGCGGAUGACUAGACGCAAGGCAUACACACAUCUGGGUAUCAUUGACCAAAACUGAACCACCCGUAGAACCACUGAGACGGUAGCAACAAACAGAAUUUCCGAAAGCAUUCGUCAUUCAUGUCCCAAGUUGCGUUGCACACAAAGAGCCAGCCCGCCAGACAACGCCUUGCUUUGGAACGACAAAAGAAAAAAGAAAAGAGGCCAAGAGGACUUCUUCAGGCGAACGCUUCGAUGAGUAGGCUGUUGGCCUGACUCGGCGUCAUGACCUGAGGUUGCUGCGACCACAGCAAGAAGUCAUCCUGCGUAGUGUACUUUGGCUGCGCGGUAGGGAGGAUAUCGAUACCCUUGCGGUCAGAGUAGGAAGAAGAAGAGUCGACAUGCGAAUCGUCCUCUUCGCACGUCGAGUCGCUCCAGUUGUCCUCUUCGUCGUCGUCAUCCUCUACUGUCGAAUCGCUGUUGUAUUCCCAUUCGAGUUCGACGUCAUCUUCGUCAAUGCCGUCAAACAGAACCUCCUCGGCCUUGACAACCACGACGCCGUUGCGAGGAGUACUGUGAGAAUGCGUCGAGGAUUUGGAAGAUCGGGACUUGGGCUGCGAUUUUUGUACGUCUUCCACGUACUCGAAUGAGACGUCAUCCUUGUCGUCGUUGUCAAGAGACCACUCGUCUCCGGAAUCGACCGUGGCUGCAUCUGGUUCGCAGUCGUCAUCGUCGUGGUUGAUGGUGUCGAUGAUGUACUUUCGUGCAUUGUCGAAUAAUGAACAAUGGCCGACCAGUUUGUGGAGUCUGGGCUCGGAUUUGCGGGCCUCCUUUUCGAUCUUGAACUUGGAAAUGGUGCCGAGUUUGUAUGCGUAAUAUCGCAUGUCUGAACCAAGAACUGGAGACGAUGUGAAGGUUGUGGGAGAGUGGUGGUGGGAUUUUGGUGCAACGGCAGCCUUGUUGGCGACCUGCCUGGAGUUGGAGCGAGAUGACUUGUCCAUUGCGGAGAGAAUAGAGAGAAUAUCAAAUAUGCGAGGGCAAAGAGCCAAUUUGUUGGAGAAGGCCCAAAAAUGUGAUUCUGAUCAGAUAGUUCUGGUAUGUGUGUGCUUUUCCGAGCUGUUGUAUCUUUUCUCACGAACCUGGGGGGGGAUCUCGAGUGUUGAAGUAUCCUUGUGCCAAUGACACUAAUCUCCCUUCCCGUAGCACAAUUGUAGUAUAAAGAAUUGUUCACAAUG